AUAUAUCAGAUUGAUACUCCCGUUUACUAAACUUUAUCAUGUUUUAAUAAUGAAAAACAGAUAGUAGUAUGGACAGUUCGGUAGCAUUGUUAUCAAUAGUUUUGUUUAUCUUAAUUUCUUAUAAACAUUGCGAGGCUUUUUUGGAAGAUGUUUGCGACAAGGACGAUGUUGAAUGCCAGCAUCCAAAUGAUGGCACCCUCCGCGGUCAUUUACAGCAUGGCAAAAGUAGCCGAAAGAACGUCAUACGUAGAAUUCGAAAUAUGAGCUUGUUGCAAUGUGUCAAAGAAUGUUUCUUGACAUCUGAAUGUAUUGCUGUUAAUUAUCGAAAGAACUGGAAACUAUGUGACGCAGUUGGAGACAUAAGUGAUGAUGAUAAACUAUUGGUACAUGAAGAUGGUUGCAUUUUCAGUGAAAUAUCAACCUGGUCUAAGUCCAUUGCGGGAGUUUGCGCAGACCACAACUGUGCCACAGGAAGAAAGUGUGUUAAAGAUCGAGAUUCAAACAGAGGAUUCAUUUGUAUUUCUGCUUACUGCAAAGCAUCCCUACCAGAAAUACAAGAUGCUGUUUGUACAGAAACAUUUGGGUUAUAUAAAAACCUCGGCACUGGAAUAAGUUUUGAAUGUAAAAAUGGACUUGUUUUGGAAGGACGCCCAUUUGCUGUUUGUACGGAUUAUGGAGAAUGGAAAGUUUUGUUUUAUUGCAUAGAACGCGCCCUAUACCCACCUCGUGACUGUUCUGGUAUACCACGCCACGCUGGAUCAGGUGUCUACAAAGUUCAUCCAAAGCCGUCUAUUAAGUUCGAUGUCUAUUGUGAAAUGGAUACAGAAGAUGUAGGAUGGACAGUAAUACAAAGGAGAUUAGACGGCAGUACAGACUUUUUCAGAGGAUGGACAGCUUAUGAAGAAGGAUUUGGGAAUCUUACACAUAAUUUCUGGCUAGGAAAUGCAAAAAUUCAUGCAAUAGUCGCAACUGGUAAUUAUCAACUACGAGUAGAGCUAGAGGAUUUUAAAGGAAAUACAGCUUUGGCGGAAUACACUAGAUUCUACAUUGGAGACGUCUCAACAAACUAUAAACUGGAAGUAAGCGGCUACAUAGGAACUGCCGGAGACAGUCUGCAAUCCCAUAGUGGAAAUAUGUUUUCUACGUACGACAGAGAUAAUGACGAAUAUGAAAACAGCUGUGCAGUUCUGUAUAAAGGAGCAUGGUGGUAUCGAAAAUGUCAUGCUUCAAAUCUUAAUGGAGCUUACUUGUCAGGGGAAAUAAGCUCUUUUGCUGAUGGAGUCAUAUGGCAUGGAUGGAAAGGACAUAAUUAUUCUUUAAAAUCAUCAAAACUAAUGAUAAAGAAAUUGUGAACGACCAGCGUUACACAACACACUUUUGGUAGAAACAGUCAUAGCCUAUUGUUUUAAUGUUCUCACGUUUAAUUUUAUAUACUAUCAUACGGAAGACGUGA